AUGGCGAAAGCAGUAUUCAAAUUGCUGGAUUCUCUAUGGGAAAGCCAGAGAGUCCCGCUGCAAUGGCGAGUAGGUGAAGCCAUUCUGAUAGCAAAAACUGAGGAUUUAGAUGACCCUAGUAAGUUCAGAAACAUCACUAAAACAAACACUAGUGGGAAGUUGCAGAUGGGAUUACUAGCGGACAGAAUGCUAGAGUAUAUGGUCAGCAAUAGCUACAUAGACACGUCUAUCCAGAAAGGAUUCCUGCGUAAGACACCAGGUUGCCUCGAGCAUACUCAGGCUCUGAUGGAAGAGUUAAAGGAUGCCAAAUCUAAUAGACGACAGAUCUUUGCAGUUUGGGUGGACCUAAUGAACGCCUACGGCCGGGUUCCCCACAACUUGAUAAUAUAUGCUCUAAGACAUUAUAAGUUCCCAAACUGGCUCAUAGAAUAUAUGUUUAAGUACUAUGAUGAGCUGAUUGUGAGAGUGGUGACAAAGGACUGGAAAACAAACUGGUUCUUUUAUAUGUUAGGUCUUUUUCAGGGCGACCCUCUAUUGGUUGUACUGUUCUUAAUAGUUUUCAACCUACUAUUGGAUCUCCUGAAAAAUCAAAGCGACUUGGUUUACAAGCCGUCUUUUAGUUCUAGCAGCACGUCAAGUCGUGCUUUUGCUGACGACCUAACUCUGAUGUCUCCCAGGCUGGAAAAGAUGAAGAAGCUAAUAGAUGUGAUGGAAAGAUUUCUUACUUGGUCAAGGAAAAUGAAAGCCAAGCCGAGUAAAUGCGUAUCCCUGGGGAUGAAGGUUAUAGAUGGAAGGUAUGUGUCCUAUGACCCUGAAAUUUUCAUAGAUGGAGCUCAAAUCCAGUUUAUUGGAAAUACACCGAUGAAGUUUCUUGGCCAUUGGAUAUAUGUGGAUCUGGGCCUCAAAGAUACCAAGAAGCUGAUAGAAGACAAACUGAUUACACUGUUUCAGGCAGUGGACGGAUCAGGCCUUAAUGGAGUGAUGAAAUGCUGGAUUUACAACAACCUCCUAACCAGCAAGCUCUCCUGGGACCUGAUGAUCUACAAUCUCCCGGUGUCCAAAGGUUACUCUCUAAAGAACAGCAAGGAUCCUAAAGUUAAGGAGGUCUACGAGCACAGGGCCAAGAAACAAGAAGGGAGCAGUCGGUGGGGUUACACUAAGGAGCUGAGUGCUAGAGAAAGAGAUCUCUACUUCAGAGAGUUAGUAGGGGUAACAGUGCAAGGCAGGAUGGGCUUGGGAUCCAAGCGGAGUGUAGCCAGUGAAAAGGAAAAACUGAAAGAACUGGUAUCCCACAUCUCAGAGCAGGAUAUCCUGUUGACACUGGUAGACAAGGGAGUUCAAGGACAAUUCUUAACAUGGGAAAACAUCAUGCAGCUAGACCUAGGUUGGAACAACCUUAUUUACAACUACAAGAUGAGCCCUGCUCUUCUUAAGUUCCACCUCAAUGCAACCCAUGACGUUGCAAAUACUCCAGCAAACAUGAGCCUGUGGAACUAUGCUGACACAGGACACUGUCCACUUUGCGGAUGGAGACACUGCAACAUUAAGCACAUUUUGGUAGCUUGCAACUUCUCGCUGAACAACAAACGAUAG